AUGAGGGCCUGUGAGGCAGAGAAUGAGCAUCGCGUGCUUCUGCAGGCACAGCGGGAUGAGAUCGAGCAGUUGCAGCGCCGCUGUAAUGAACUUCUGCACGAACGAAGUAUGAUGAAGGCGGCGACAGCAGAGGACAUCCGCCAGUUUUGUUUAGAUUAUCAACGAAAACAGUUGCAGCACCAGCGGCAACAGCAGCAGCAGCAGAUUCAACAGCAGGCAAUAGCACCAGUAGGAUGUCGCCCAUCGGCGUCCCCUUCGACCAGCUCAAUUCCUGUCUCUGAGGUGCUACAAUUCCUGCAUCAGUACAGCGCAGGGAUGGUGCCGAUAUCGGAGAACAGUGUGCGCAAGCGCCUACGCGAAACGGCGGGGGGCGGGCGGGCGGCCAACACGCCACAGCAGCGAAGCUUGCUCCGGUGCGUGAUGGCGAGACAGCGGCUGCGCCUUCGAGAAGACGACGCAGAGGAGUUCCUGCAACAACAACAACAACAACAGCAGCAGCAACCUCAGUGUGCGGGCGGUGCCAGGUAA